UACUACCCCUUUACUUUCACUCUUCCCACCAGGUGACGGGAACACACGGGGGGCCACAGGACCACCCUGGCAACGCUCUCCGUCUGGAGGCCUGUUUGCUAGAUUCACUCUGUUUGACUUUUAGGAACCUCGACCUUUGGUAGCAGAUAAGGGAAUAUUUGGGACACCUGUGUUGUUUCUGUAUUUUUCCUAGCUUUUUGCACAAUAACUCUUGCUGAACUACUUACUAUAUGUAGUUUGGCCCUUUUCACUGUCAGCCACUGACAAAAAAAUAGGACCUCUCAAUCAAUUUGAAUGGUGAAGAGGAUCCAGAAUAGGUAAUACAGCACCUUAAGGCUGUCGUUAAACUUUGAUGAGCAUCUGCCGGGAAUUCUCAAGCAACAGUGGUUAUAUCUGUAGAUCAUGUGAGGAGCCCGGGUGACAAACCUGCCCAUCUCUUCAGAGGAGCAGAUAGUACAGGAAUAGAAAAAUGUGAGUCAUGCUUUGGUGCAGAUGUGGUGUCCUACUGGUUCUCUGCGUCUGUCCUCUAGCCUGCCUCAUAAUGUCUCCAUGUCCUCCUGGCUGCUGCUGUCCUCGCCCAGGAUUUCUGGUUCUGUGUGAGUCCCUGGGUCUCCAGUCUCUUCCUCGCUCUGUCCCUCUCAGCACCUCGGCUCUAUCUGUGGCCAGGAACCAGCUCUGUAACGUGGACCACCUGCUCCGGCCCUUCUCUGGCCUGCAGGAGCUGAGCCUCAGUCACAACCUGCUGGCCCGCUUCCCCCGCGGCCUGCCUCCCAGCCUGGAGUCCCUGCUGCUGCAAGAAAACCGCAUCACUUACAUCACCUCAGGCGCCCUGCGGCAACUGGGGAACCUCACUCGCCUGGAUCUGGAGGACAACCGCAUCCGUGCCAUCCAACCCGGGGCACUUCAGGCUCUCAACAAGCUGCAGGUCCUGACACUGAAGGGGAACAAGCUCACAAGCCUCCCUCUGGACCUUCCUCCGUCACUGACCCACUUAGACCUCUCAGCAAACUGCAUCUCUGUCCUGGACCUCCCCUCGCUGUCCGCUCUGGUCAACCUGCAGGUCCUGAAGAUCAACAGCAACUGCUUGCGCUCAGUCCCGGAGAGCGCCUUCGACGGCCUGCCUCGUCUCCGAUCUGUGGACCUCAACAACAACCUGUGGGUGUGCGAGUGUGACAUUUUGUAUCUGUACCGCUGGCUGCUGAGCGGCAGGCUGAAGAUGGCCACAGACCUGGUGUGCACCGAGCCGGUCCACCUCGCCCACCGUCUGCUGCUGAACCUCUCCGUCAUGGCUAUCUGUCCUCGUGUCUUGAAUGAGAGGACACUUCAACUGAACCUCAGCUCUGACCUGGAGAGAAAGCUGGAGACGCUGACUGUGGAGCCCAGGGGACCAAACUCACCUGAAAACCAGAGGUUGUCAAAGCAAAUCUCACAAGAAACCACAGCUGGACUCCUUUCCAAAGAUGCUCCCAAGACUCGACUAUUACUUGAACACUACUCUUUAGAGAGCCUCACCUACGAGGAGUGUUUGUCCCUCAAUAAAACAGUCAGCCCACCUCAUUUAAAACCCACCACGUCCACCCCUGAUGUGCAACAGAAAUGCAGAGACAACAUCACAAGUCGGUACCCUCAAAUAAACGUGACCUCUGCCGAAGGGACACGAUCUUUGCUCUCCACUAACAGAGACGCACCCUGGCCCACCCCCGACCCACGCCCACACACGCAACAAGACUCCGCUGUGGUCGUCUCUCUGCUCGCCGUGCUGUGCGUGUUAGUCGCUCUCCUGAUGCUGGCAGUGCUACUUGUACUGAAAAAGGUGCUUCUGCGCCAACAGCGAGUGGCUCCCCUCGAUGUAGGAUCUGGAUGAAAUCAACACACACACACACACACUGAAGAUGUUUUUAAUCAUUUAAUUGACAAUAAGCACACAGUCUCAUACAAUAUUCUGUUGUUUUGUAUGUGUACUUAAAGCUGUUGCGUACUGAAUCCUCCAAGAGGGAGCAGUGAUUUUGUACAAUCAAGCCAAAUAAAGCCAAAACAAUAUACACAACAAAAA